AUGGAUGAUUUUGAUAUUGAAUGGAACAGUCCUCUUUGCCAAAUUUGUUGGGUAAAUAGAUGUGAUGUUAUCAAAUAUCCCGAAUACGAAAAAUAUUGUAAAAAAUGCAUACAUCAUGUAGAAUUUAUCAUUGGAACUGAACAAAAAAAAAUAUCAACAAAUAUUGAUAUUCUAUUAAAAAAAUUCCCAAAUUCUUUCUUCUCCCAUAUGAUCAAAGAUGUAUUUCAAAAUGAACGUCAAGAAAUUGUAUCAAAAAAUACCAACAUGACUCUUAACAAUGAAUUAUGGUUCUUCACUGGAGAAGAAUAUAUUAUUCCUUUCGAAUUUGAAGAUUUUUGUGAUUGUGGAACUCUUAAACAAAAAAAAUAUCGUAAUUGUAAAACAUGUCAAGAAAAUUUAGUAAAAGAACGGGUGCCUUGGUGUUUUGAAUGUGAAAUUAGAACACUUCAAACUAAUAUAAAACGAAAAAGAACUAGAUUAAUGAAUGAUUAUAAAAAAAAUUUAGCAAAAUUGAAUGAUGAUGAAAAAAAACAAAUUGAAAUAAUAAAUAAAAAAUAUAUUCAAGAAAAAUUGAAUAUAAAUGAAAAAAUCAAGAAAAAAGAACACGAAUUAAAAUCAGAAGAUAAUUUUAAAGAUGUGAUCAAAGGAGAAAUUACCGCAAACAAAAGACAAAGAAAAAAUACUGAAGAUAUUGUAAUAAUCGAUGAAGAAAUUAGAAAUAACGUGAAUACUUUUUUAGUGAUAUCUCAAGAAAGAUUUGAACAAAUAGAUAGAAAUCGAAAUUAA